GAUCGCUAGCUGGUAGAAGCCUCCCUGCUUGGCAAGACAGUGAAAAAGUUCACUCGGCUGAAUCCCGAGGCUUUCUCGACUGGGGUUGGGCACAUCCAGCAAAGCUUACAUUGCGCGGGCAUUUCUCAGGUUCCUGGACCAGAAAAGUACAACAGGAGGUAAACGAGGAAGGAGAUGGGUGGAGGUUUCUAGAAGUGGAAACCAACAAAUAGUGGCUAGAAGCAGUCUGGAAUAGACAUCAAACACCUAGUAGGAGCCUGGUAUCACCAAACAAUGGGAAGCAAGAAACAGUCUGCCCAGUCCCUCCAGAGACCAGUCACUUAUGAGGAUGUAGCCGUGGAUUUCACCAACGAAGAAUGGGCAUGUCUGACUGAGAAACAGAAGAUCCUUUACCGGAAAGUGCAGUCAGAAACCUUUAAGAACCUGACAUUUGUAGAUCAGUACGCCAUGCAAAAAGAAAGAAGACAGAAGAGAUCAGGUCUCUGUCCCACAAAGGCAAUAGGGAGCAAGAAGAGGAAUUCUCAGGGACCUAGCUCCAAUCUGGAAGAUGAAGAGAGCAAUGAUAAGGAGAAGGCCUCUCUUGUUUGUACAGGGAUGUUCAAAGGCGGACCACUCUAUUUCUGCCUGACCUGUGGCAAGUGUUACAAAAAGUACAUCAACCUCUUUAAUCACCAGUUUAAGGCCCAGAAGACUACUAGGCACAAAGUCAGGGCCGCCAAGCCUCAGCAUCGUAGAGAGAGGACUUUCUCGUGCCAGCUCUGUAACAAGAACUACCGUGAUCCCUCUGGACUGAGCCGUCACCGACGCACUCACUUAGGUUAUAGGCCUAGUUCAUGCUCUGUGUGUGGAAAACGCUUCCGGGAUCAGUCUGAGGUCAAACGCCACAUGAAGGUACACGAAAACAGGAAGCCAGUGACUGGCAACCAGGAGCAUGAGGUGAAGAAGGUUCCACUCACAACAGCUGGAUCCCAAGGUCCCAACCUCAGGCAUGUGAAGGUGAUCCAGGGACCAGUGGCCAGGGCUAAGGCAAGUGGCAGCAGAGACUCAUCCCUGAAUGUCAGAUCCAGCUCUAUUCCAGUAAAAUGCUCAAGAAGAAACAUCCAUUGUCCCUAUUGUUUGAUACGUUUUACCAAGAGGACCUGCUUCUUAACCCACCUCAAGCUUCACUUCGAAAAUGAGCCUAACCAAUGUCUGCGUUGCAGAGAGUCCUCCCACUCAUCCCUGCGUUGCAGAGAGUCCUCCCACUCAUCCCUGCGUUGCAGAGAGUCCUCCCACUCAUCCGUGGUGGUAGAUCCCCAAAAGAGCACCCUCAGAAAGCAGAGUAUCUACUGUUGCCCUGUCUGUGACAUCUGCUUUAGGGAAAAGGAAAGCCUGCUGGAUCACAUGUGCUGUAAAGAAUCAGGCAGACCCAUUAAGUGCUGGGAAAUCCUGGGUCAUUUGCUUGCCUUUCUUGAUGAUCCCUUUGAAGCCAGGAAAUACUUGAGAAGUAAAGGAGUUCUCAGGGGAAGAAAAGAUGAAACAAUGAAAUCCAGGAAGACAAGAUGAAACAUGCAAGCAGUGAGAAUUCCUGAAACAUAAAGGACAAGUCAAGGGUGUGGUUCGUUGACAUGGUACAGGCAGCAUUUCAUGUCCCUGGGCUUCUUCAAAGCAUGGUCCCAGUCAUACUCAAGUCAAACAACAUUCUUAAUGUGCUGCCCCAGUCCUCAAGUGUCAAGGUCAUCAAAACCAAGGAAAGUCAGAGCAGUUGUGACAGCCAGAGAAGCCGUAAGGAUCAAUUGAGACUGAAUGUGUGGUGCCUUAAAUAGCAUCUUAGAAAAGACAAAGGACAUUAGUGAUAACGAGAGUGGAAAUGAAAUAGGUAUAGAUGAAUGUGUCUAUAUUGUUUCAUGAAUUAUAAAUGUAUGGUGAUGCGAGAUUUAUUUUCAUGUACCUGUGUGCUUGUAGGAGUUCAUGUUCUACAUUUAUGUGCUCAUGGGGAGCACAUAUGGUUGUCAGAAGGUGACUGUGAGCCACUAUGUGAGUGUUGUACCAAACCUGGGUCCUCUACAAGAGCAGACAGUGCUCUUAACCAUUGAUCUGUAUCUCCAGAUUGCAGGAUAUUUUAAGCAGAGAAGCUGGAGACUCUGUGCCUCAACUUUACAGUGUUUUUUAGAAAUCUAAAAGCAUUUUAAUUUUAAUCUUAAAAUUUCAGUUUAAGAUUUGUGUGUGUGUGUGAGAGAGAGACAGACAGACAGACAAAGUAGCUGGAGGUACAGGUAUUGUGAGCCAUCUGUGGGUGCUGAGAAUCAAUUCAGGUUCUUUGCAAGAUCUAUAAGUGCUCUUAACCAUCUGUCCAGCCCCAUACAUUCUAAAAUUUAAAAGAUCAUGUUUACAAAAUAGUAUUUAGGGGCUGGAGUGUUCAGUGAUACAUUGUUUUUUUUCUCUGUGCCUUGGGUUGAAUGGGUUAAAUUUCCA